GGUGACGUCACCGCGCAAGUGACCUCGCCCAAGUCUCGGCUGAGGCGAGGAUAGAGAAGCAAAGCGCGCGGCGUCCUCCCCCUCAGAGAGCGAAGCGAAAGGAAUCGCGCGGGGCGGAUCGACUCGAGGGAAAAAGAAACGCCAUCGCGGACCUCCUCCACCGCCAUCCUCGACUUUCUACUCAGCACCGCCAGAGCCUCGUCGCUACUCUUACUCCCCCCCCAGCUCCAAACUACCACCACCUUCAACCGGCCGCUCAUCACCUUCCUCCACGGGUCUGCCGCCUCUUCGCGCUCUCUGGCUCUCGCUCACCGUGUGCGGUAAACCAACGUGUGUGCAGGUGAGGGCUUCCCCGUGUCACGAUGCGGGAGUACAAGCUGGUGGUGCUGGGGUCUGGUGGAGUGGGGAAGUCCGCCCUGACGGUACAGUUCGUGCAAGGAAUAUUUGUGGAGAAGUAUGAUCCCACCAUCGAAGACUCCUACCGGAAGCAAGUGGAAGUGGAUGGAUCACAGUGCAUGCUGGAGAUCCUGGAUACAGCCGGCACAGAGCAGUUCACGGCGAUGCGGGACCUGUACAUGAAGAACGGCCAGGGCUUCGUGCUGGUCUACUCCAUCACGGCGCAGUCCACCUUCAACGACCUGCAGGACCUGCGUGAGCAGAUCCUGCGCGUCAAGGACACGGACGACGUGCCCAUGAUCCUGGUGGGGAACAAAUGCGACCUGGAGGACGAGCGUGUGGUGGGUCGCGAGCAGGGGCAGAACCUCGCACGCCAGUGGCAGAGCUGCGCCUUCCUGGAGGCCUCCGCCAAGUCCAAAAUCAACGUCAACGAGAUCUUCUACGACCUGGUGAGGCAGAUCAACAGGAGAGCGCCGCCUGAGAAGAGGAAGGCGAAGAAGAAGCAGUCGUGCACGCUGCUGUGAGACGCCGUCGGCCACCACCGCCGUCAAUCCCCACCACCACCACCACCACAGCCACCGCCACCACCACAGCCACCACCGCCGCCACCACCACAGCCACCACCGUCAGCCGCCACCACCACCACUGUCAGCCACCGCCACAGCCGCCGCCACCACCGUCAGCCGCCGCCGCCACCUUUUUUCUAUUGCGCCUUCAAACUCCCCCGGGGGGUCCCGGGGUGGGGUCCUCGGUUGCGCUCGGCGUUUCGCGAGGAAACGUCCCCCCGAUCCGAUCCCAUCCCACCAACCCCCCACCAACCCCCCACCAACCCCCCACCAACCCCCCGCCCACCCACCCACCCUCCGUCUGCGCACCGCCCGUUUUU